AUGAUUAUUCUCACAUUCCUUCUUCUUGUUUCAACUACUGUGAUUGCAGCUCAGAAUGUUAUACAUAUCCAGUAUUUUAGGCGCCCCGAAGAAUAUGGAAUCUUCCGGUUCGAUCUUGAUAAUGGCUCCAAAAGUUGGGAAAGUUAUAUCUAUAUGAAUAGGUCAGCUAACAUACGAGAGGAAGAUAUUUACAAAUUGAUAAAACCAUUUUUUGAGGAGGAGCCCUCGGUCAGAAGAUAUGAAUCCUCAUCUAUCACGAGACAUUUGGGAAAGCAAUUCGAGUAUGUUCUCAAGAAAUACCCCGUAAAUGAAAUUAUCUUCAUGAAACCGAAAUUCUCGUCAAUCCUCGCUUCCACCUCUCAGCUCCCCCGAAAAAUCAAAUGGGUCAUUGAGCAUCCAUCUGCAUUCUUUUUGAUUCCAUAUGGAUUCACAAAAGGAGUCGGAAGAGAUGAAUACCACAUUGAAAUCAAGGGAAGAGCAUCAUUGGAUACGGACAAUUUGGAUUAUGACGCUCUUCAGAAUACACAAAAACUGAUAAUCAAAAACGAUUCUGAAAUGAAAAACGGAUGGUCUGGUGGAAAACUGCUGAAAAUCAAGUCUCCACAAGCAUUGAUUGAAGGAUUGAAUGCAGUGACAACAGAUGAAAUGAAGGAGUUUGCAAAGGAAUGGCUUGCCGGAGAACGAUUCAUUCAGAAGUGGGACGUCGAACUAGAAGACCAAAAACAAAAUGAGACUUUGUACUUUGAGAAAGAUGGAACAACUUUGGAAGUGUCUGCAAAAAAUGAUAAAUUCAUGAUGUCCACUUACAAGACACCAACAGAGCCAGCUUUUCAAUUCACCACUUUGUAA